AUGAAAAGCCUCUUUUCCAUAGGCUCCGGUCUUGUGACUCUGCUCCUCGCCACCAAUCCUACGAAUGCAGAGAUCCCAGUGUGGGAAUUUGGGGAAGAGCCUGUUGGCUCCAAAACUUGCAUAGGCUGUAAGCAAUGCUACGUGGAAUCCAAUUUCGCUGAAAUGCCUUUUGGCGUUACGAUUGGUAACGCCAGUUGCGUAGAUUUGAACGGGAGGAUGGGCGCAGGGACAGAGUACGGGACGCUCAUUGUGGACUUCAGCCCAACGGUUCCAGGAGCCACUGGCAUGUAUAUGGAUCUCUUCGACGGGACCUGGAUAGGCGGCAUCGCAUGGAGCAAGGCCAACGGUGUUGAGACCAAUAUCACCCUGAAGGGUACUGGGCAAUGGGGCUCCGCGAGUUACAUAGGCGGUUGGUGUGUGGCAAACAUAGUUCAGCAUCAGAAGGUCAACGCCGCGGCGGACGCGACCGUUCCAGAGGGUCAGUAUAGCUACGAUAUCGAACUCUUCGACAACGGCACUCCAAGGAAUUGGAUCGGCGGGACGAAAGGUGGACCGCUUUACGUGCAGGAUGGGAAGACUCAGGGACUAGACAGCCUGCUCCCUCAAGUGUUCGAGAUAACCUCCGGGAAUGUGGAUGACGACCCAUAUACUAUGAGCUACAACAACCCAUAUUUGCCAAGCCCCUCCAACGAGGUCUGGUCUGCUUCCACAAGGCAGUCAGUGCAAUUCCUUGGUGCACGAACCACGUACUAG